CCGAAUACCGAGCCUCCUCUCCGGAAGGGAGCUCUCCUCUUCCCUUGCCUUCCCUUGGCCAAUGGCGAUUUCGGGGAAGCCGCCGCUCAUCUCCUUCGUUUCCCUCUUGCUUUCUCUCCUCUCGCUUGCCUCCGCAGAAGUCUUCUUUGAGGAGCGCUUCAAUGAUGGCUGGGAGAAAUGGUGGGUAAAAUCUGAUUGGAAGAAGGAUGAGAAGAUGUUGGGUAAGUGGCGCCAUACUUCGGGUAAUUGGAGUGGUGAUCCAAAUGAUAAAGGCAUCCAAACCAUGGAGGACAAUAGAUUCUAUGCAAUUUCAGCAGAGUUUCCAGAGUUCAGUAACAAAGACAAAACAUUGGUUUUCCAAUUUUCAGCGAAACGCGAGCAAAAAUUUGGUUGUGCAGGCGCCUACAUGAAGCUGCUUAGUGGUGAAAUUGAUCAAAAGAAGUUUGGUGGUGAGACACCCUAUAGUAUCAUGUUUGGACCAGACAUCUGUGGGCAGAACACCAAGAAGGUUCAUGCCAUUCUUUCACGAAAUGGAAAGAACCACAUGAACAAGAAGGAUGUGCCAUGUGAGAAUGAUCAACUGACUCAUGUCUACACUCUCAUCAUCCGCCCGGAUGCUACAUACAGUAUUCUAAUAGAUAACAAAGAGAAGGAAUCAGGGAGCAUACAUACUGAUUGGGAUAUUCUUCCUCCAAAGCAAAUUGAGGAUCCCGAAGCCAAAAAGCCUGAAGAUUGGGACGACAAGAAAUUUAUUAUUGAUCCUGAACAUAAGAAACCAGAGGGCUAUGAUGACAUCCCCAAGGAGAUACCCGAUCUUGAUGCUAAGAAGCCAGAAGACUGGAAUGAUGAAAAGGAUGGUGAAUGGAAGGCCCCAAUGAAGCCAAAUCCUGAAUACAAGGGGCCAUGGAAACAAAAGAAAAUCAAGAACCCCAAUUACAAGGGAAAAUGGAAGCCUCCAAUGAUUGAUAAUCCAGAUUACAAGGAAGAUCCAGACAUUUAUGUUUAUCCCAACUUAAGAUAUGUAGGCAUAGAGCUGUGGCAGGUUAAAUCAGGAACCCUGUUUGACAACAUUUUAAUUUGUGAUGACCCUGAAUAUGCAAAGAGUUUUGCUGAAGAAACCUGGGGCAAAAACAAGGAUGCUGAGAAGGAAGCUAAGGAAGCAUUCGAUGAGGCUGCGAGAAGGAAAGAAGAGGAGGAAUCUAAGUAUGAUCCAAUUAGAAAGGAUGAGGAGGAUGAAGAAGAGGAAGAAGAUGAUGAUGUUGAUAUACACCUAGACGAAGACAAGGACAAACCACAUGAUGAACUCUAGACAGAGACAGAUGAAGCUGCUGCGGACUCCCGAAUUUUCCAGCCAUGGUUUGUUCUGCUGAUAAUGUGGAUGAUUGUCGCCUGGUUUCUUUCUUUUUCUUGGGUUAAAGCAGAUGGCAAUACCCGAUAUAAUGUCAAAUUUCUUAUGGUGUUCAAUAAUCUGAUAGUCAAGUAUUGUAUUAUGGGUGCUAUUUUAGAGAAUGAAGUAAUAAAUCAUCCUCACUACCCAUCUAUUCUAAAAUUUGAUUGGAAUUUUCUUUAAAAUCAUAAGCAUUUACUAGUUUGCUGUUCUA